AUUUUUUUUGUUUGACUAGUCAAGAAGAAGAUUUUUCAUCAAGUCCAUCCCGACCAAGAAAGAAUAUUUGUGGAACAGAUUUCUGGAUACAGACCUAACUUUGGACUUUGAAAAUGUUUAAGAUAGAGUACUAACCACGUUUUAUAGAAAAAUGGCUAAAUCUAAGAACCAUACCGCCCAUAACCAAACCAAGAAGGCUCACAAGAACGGUAUCAAAAAACCAAGAUCCCACAAAUACCCUUCAUUGAAAGGUGUUGAUUCUAAAUUCCGUCGUAACCACAGAUAUGCUUUACACGGUACCGCCAAAGCUUUAGCUAAAGCUCGUGCUGAAAAAUCCGCUUAAAUCAAUUAAUCAAUCAGAUUUAUCCUAUUACUGUACAAUGUUUAAUUAAUAAUUUUCAUGAUUUUUGUUUUUAAGUUACAUUUUUCUUCUUCCUACGGGGUUUACUAGGUUUUGUAUAAAGCU